AUGGGGCCCCUGAGCCACUCCGGUCCCUGUCCCCUGUCCUUGUCCCCGUCCCGCGGUGCCCACGCGGGUCCCCUGAGCCCCCGUCCCCCGCAGGACCCCGACUCCUCCGAGGAGCCCAAACCCGGCAAGGCCAAGACCGAGCUCCGCAACUACACCGAGGGGAGGCUGAUCGACCGCGUGUACAACACCUACCUGCUCAUGCACACGCACCAGACCGUGGAGUUCGUCCGCAGGAAGAGCGCGCAGUACGGCCCGUGCUCGCAGCGGAGGAUGAGCGUGAUGGAGGCGCUGCAGCUGCUGGACCGGCUGGUGGACGAGUCGGACCCCGACGUGGAUUUCCCCAACUCCUUCCACGCCUUCCAGACGGCCGAGGGGAUCCGCCGGGCGCACCCCGACAAAGACUGGUUCCACCUCGUGGGGCUCCUGCACGACCUGGGCAAGGUGCUGGUGCUGUUCGGGGAGCCCCAGUGGGCAGUGGUCGGGGACACCUUCCCGGUGGGCUGCAAGGUGCAGAAGUCGGUGGUCUACGGGGACUCCACCUUCCACGACAACCCCGACACCAAAGACCCCCGGUACAGCACCGAGUACGGGAUGUACCAGCCCGGCUGCGGCCUGGACAACGUCCUCAUGUCCUGGGGCCACGAUGAGUACAUGUACCAAGUGAUGAAGUUCAACAACUUCGCCCUGCCCAAGGAGGCCUUCUACAUGGUUCGCUUCCACUCCUUCUACCCCUGGCACGCCCACGGCGACUACGGGCACCUGUGCUCGGAGGAGGACCGCCGCAUGCUGCCCUGGCUCCGCGAGCUCAACAAGUUCGACCUGUACACCAAGCAGGAGGAGCUGCCCGACGUGCAGCAGCUCCGCGCGUACUACCAGGGCCUCAUCGACAAAUACUGCCCGGGGCAGCUCUGCUGGUGA